AUGACGGCUACCAGGCGCAAACACUGGAAACUGCAGUGCCUGGCAGUGCUGCUCUUCAUUGCCUGUGCACUCCUUCUAAAGCGCAUUCAUUCCUCGCCGUCUUCCAGAGGAGGCGUCCACUUGGAGGUGUCGAUUGCUCGUUCGCAAGAAGAUGACGCAGAGCUUCGAGCAAGAAUCAUUCGAUUGGCUGAGGAGGCGAAGUCACUGGACGAUGCAGCGAGUGUGGACAUCGUCCACGCAGGCACCAAUGCCACCUACGUUCUGCGGACGUUAGCGCGAGGUGAAUUCAUUGAGGCGCCAGAUAGGUGGUGUUCCGGUAAGGCAGGGAAGCCGAAAAAGCAUGUUAUUCCCUAUCUACGCACCUGCUUUCCCGAAGUUCUUAAACUGAACAAAACGCGGAUUCGAGAAACACUGCGGCUGGUUCGCGACAAGUUUCGAUCGGCGGGGAUACCGACUGUGAUAACGUAUGGAUCACUAAUGGGUUCGUUGCGGUAUCACAGGCGAAUGCCAUUCGACUGCGACUACGACCUCCUUGUUCACCAGGCGGAUCGCGAUCGUGCGAUGCAGGCUGUUCUUCAACUGGCCCAGAAUCCGGACAACCGGAUGCGCAUCUACGACCUACAGUCGAUGACUGGAUGCGUGCAGAUUGGACUGGAUUGCAAGCCGGACACGGACUGGCUGAAGCCUGAGACGUGGCGAGAAUUCGGUUCUGGCGUUGAAUUUCACAAGGGGAUUCCAGUCGGUCGCACGUGGAAGGCGUAUCCUGCGUUGAUGGGUGAAUGCGCAAUCAACUUGGACAUCUUCGUCAGCACACACGACGAUGUUGUGAUGGAACGACUGGAGGAGUACACGCCGUUGUACCGUCCUCUGGAAGGUACCCUUGUCCGCGUAUUCGAAGGAGGCCGUGAAUACUUGGAGAACUACUACGGCAGCAGUUUGGACGUUUGCAUUCCGAAAAGCCCUCAGUCUAUUCGCGGUGUCGUGCACUCCCUGCCGAAACCAUGCAGACGUUUGCAGGUGCCGUGUGACGACCUGGAUGUUCUCUAUCCCAGGAUCGUUAGAUUCUCCUCUCCGGACAACGCCACCAUCUACGAGGUAGGCUUGGAAGUCGAUAGUGGAGGAAGAUGUUGGAUUAACUCGGUGUUCCGUUCCACUUCAUAG